ACCCGAGCGAAGAUGGCGACCGCCGAGGGAGAGUCUUCUGUGCAUAAUGUGUCGGAUGAAUUAUUUCAAAAUUUUUACACUGAGGUGAAGCAGAUUGAGAAGCGAGACUCUGUGUUAACCUCCAAGCAGCAGAUUGACAGACUGCUCAGACCUGGCGCAUCAUACUUCAAUCUCAACCCUUUUGAGGUUCUGCAAAUUGAUCCAGAGGCAACAGAUGAUGAACUGAAGAAAAGGUUUCGGGCGUUGUCCAUUUUGGUCCAUCCAGACAAAAAUCAGGAUGAUCCAGACAGAGCGCAGAAAGCGUUCGAAGCUGUGGACAAGGCAUACAAACUCUUACUGGAUCCAGAGCAGAAGAAGAGAGCCUUAGAUGUGAUUCAUGCAGGAAAGGAAUAUGUGGAGCAUAUGGUAAAAGAGAAAAGGAAACAGUUGAAGAAAGAAGGGAAACCACUGGAUGUGGAGGAAGAUGAUCCCGAAAUGUUCAAGCAAGCAGUGUACAAACAGACCAUGAAGCUGUUUGCAGAGCUGGAAAUCAAGAGGAAGGAGAGGGAAGCAAAGGAAAUGCAUGAAAGGAAAAGGGCGAGAGAAGAAGAAAUCGAGGCAGCAGAGAACGCUAAGCGACAGCGAGAGUGGCAGAAAAACUUUGAGGAAACAAGAGAUGGACGUGUGGACAGCUGGAGGAACUUCCAGGCCAAAGGAAAAAGCAAAGAGAAGAAGAACAGGUCCUUCCUAAAGCCCCCUAAAGUCAAAAUGGAACAGAGGGAAUGAUGUAAAACUGGACUUCACUCAAUUAAAUCCACUGUUUAAAUGAAAGAAACACUUCUGUGUAUCCUCUCCUUGUUGUCUGCGGUCAUCUGUGUAAUCAUCAUCACAGCCAUCAGCAUUGUGUCGUAGGACAACAUCCCGAGCCCGACAGCUGUAGUUUUGUACUUGGCUUUUCUAAUGUACAUAUUUAUGAUCUGGAGCUGGAGAUCAUACCUGCCCCGGUUAAUAAAGAAAUUAUGCAUCUUCCAUUCGUGUGACAGAGGGUGGAAGCAUGGUUUGCUGUCAUUUGCUUUCUUGUUCUCCUUGUUGUUGUUUUUUUUAAAUAAAUCUUUGUCUUAACAAGCCUACUUCACUGUGGUCUCCAAAACUGUUAAAACUUGCAGAAAAAAGUGAAAUAACUAGAUUAUGGGAUACAGAUAUCUAUAAGCUAUGUGGCAUCUAUGCUUCUUAUUAUCUGGCUGUCAUUGAUUCCUUUUAUAAGUAGAAUAUCAACUGGAUACAAAUUUACAAAUGUGUUGUUGGAACAGGCAUUCUUGUUGAGAACCUACGUCUCUGUGCAUGUCUUCUGUGUAUUCAUAAUAUAAAUUUAAGCAGCUCACCGUUUUACUCCCAAGUUAUGUUUUGGAGAAAAUAAAUUUUAAAAAACUG